AUGUUGGGUCAAGGUCGUCUCACGAAAGGCAUCGUCGUUCUCGCAAAGGAUCCCAUUCGAGGCGUUCGUCACGUAGUCGUUCUAGGAAACACUCCAGGAGGCGGUCUUCGAAGCGACAUGGACACAGGCGCAGCCAUCACGAUCGUCGACAUAGGGAUGAUGAUAGCCGCCGACACAGAUCUCGCAGUCACCGUCGACAUCGAAAGCGUCACCAUCGAUCUCCGUCCUCCUCUUCCAGUAGUGGCGAUUGUCCUCGAAGACAAUAUGCACCCACUGUGGUCCGCACCAAUUCAACACAAAAAACGUGGUGCUCCAGCAUUAACCACAACCAGUGUAGCAGUGACCACAACUUCGGCGGUCGGAUCUACUCUACGCCUCAACACUCAGGAGUUGUUAAAUCAGAUCCAAAAGCAUCAAGAAGCUCAAGCGAAAGCUCAAGCCGUUGCCGCUGCGGCUGCAGCCAAUCUUCCAAAGUACUACAAUCCUAGUAGCGUGAACGUUCUAAAGUUGGCAGAACAACAACAAAAGCGAAAGCUUUUGUGGUCCAAAAAGUCGGAUGAUGGCACUAGCUCGGUAAGUGUUCGUUCACUCCGAACUUUGUGGAUCCUGCAAAGUAAUUCGGUUUAA